AUGAAUCCCUGGAGACAGUGGAGAGGAAAAAUCCAGAAGAAGUUGAAGAAUCUACACUGGAAAAAAACAGGUAAUGCAACUGACGUCAGUUUUUGAAGCGUAUUAGCCAUAUUCAUGCAUAUUUAUUUCUAUUUUCGAACUUACGAACUAUUAAAACGACCUGUUAAAGGACUAAUUUUUAAACAUGUUAAAAAUAAAGUCUUUCAGACCCGUAAGUUACGGCCCGUAACCAACUUCGUUCCAAUUGUAUUUUACUUAUUUUAGUAAAAUGUUACGUUUGUAAUGGUCCAUCGUCAAAUGUCCAUAAAUGUCUUGAAUGCAACAAUUCGGUACAUGCAAUAUGCGGAGAACAUCCAGAAGGAGUGGAAGAGGGAUACGGUGCCCCUGUUAUUUGCAAAAAGUGCAUAGCUUCGAAAAAAACAGGUAUAUGUAAACUAAAAUUUGUUAUGUAUUAAUUUUAUAACGCCGUGGCUAUUCGUACUGGAACAGUACGCCGAGUUUGAUUUGCUAUUCGUACUGCAGUCAUAAUAUUUAAGAUAAACCUGACCCCAACCCCUUCUCUAACCCUAACCAAUAAAGGUCUAAUAAACUAUUUGAGAGUUAAAAAAGUGGGGGGGGGGGGAAAUUAAAAAUACUUUAAGAAAAAUUUCUAAGUCAAUGGAGGACUGACGGCUAAACUAAACCCGGACCCGACCUCGUUUCACUUUGCACGCAUGCAACGCCUUUGCCGAAUACGCUAGCGGCAAGCUCGCUAAAACUGCUGUUGCAAAAAACUAUUUUAUAUUGCUACUUUACGUAAUGUAAGAAUCAGGUGCCAUAUUCCAGUACGAAUAGCCAUUUCGAUCUUAUAAUGUAGUUGUGCAGAAGCCAGUCUCAUGUUUAAAUGUGUGCAGUAUUUGAGAUUAAAUGAAAUUUUGAGACAGGUUAAUUAUUUUAGUAAUGCGCAGCUGUAUUGUAAGUGUAUUUAGCAGAAGGAUGUUCAGUGCAGUCUUUUUCGUGAAUUCUUUUAACUUUUACUGAGUGGCAUUGACUGAUGAUUAAUUAAUUACAGUAACCGAUUGUUUUUUCUGCUCAGCGAAGACGUCUCAAGGUGUUAAACGUAAAGCUUCAGACCAAUCAGAGGUUGACAACGCGCAUUGGUGGUUAAAACCAGCAAAAUUGCAAAAGACUCAAGAUGCUGCUCAGGCAAAAAAGGAUGUUAAGCAUGAUUGGGGAAUAUGUGUAACUUGCUUUAGGUAACACUAUUUGUCUUAUUUGAAAUAUAAGAAAAACGUACACAGUUCAAUUCUUUGUUUGCAAUCAUGUGACUUUUCGUCCAAGUGACGGGCAAUCAGACAACUUGUGGACUAUUUUUCUCCUAUCGGACUGGUUCGUAUCCAGAUAAUCUGAACGGUAAUCCAUUUAUUGAGUAUUAAACUGUCUCUAAACUUGAGUAAAACAUCAAAAUAUCCGGUUUUUGUUAUAUAUUUGCCUGUCAACUGGAAUGCCAAAGUCAUGUGAUUACAAACAAGCAAUUGCAAAAUCAAGGGAAAUAGUGCGAGUUUUUUCCCGAAUUUCAUGGCAAAAAUUCCCUGUUUAAAUGGUCUUUGAAUGUGUCUUUAGGUCUGGUGCGCAUCCAGAUGUGUUUAAACUUUGUCGCAGGGACAAAUCAUCUGUGAGCAGACAUAUCACACGUCGCCAUGGUGGAAAAUCUAACAAUGUCGAUGUUAAAUCAUAUUAUAGCAUAGGGGAGACUAUAAAAAACGCCCGGAAGUACAUAGAGAACCUAGAGAAAAAAAGAUAG